AUACUGUAGCUCGAAAGUGUGAGAUCCCUCCCCAGAAACGCUGACCAAACGCAACCUCGGAUCCACGCGUAGUUGAUUCCCUCCCCCCGUCGCUAGCGAUUACCCGUCAGCUCCUUCUCCGCGCGCGCGCACUCUCCCGGCGACCACCACCCCGCCUCCGGCAUCUUCCUCCGCCUCUCGCGAUGGCGCCCCGCGGCGGCGGCCAGACCUACGGCUUCCCCAUCUACUGCGCCUCCUGGCUGCCCCUCGCGCACAUCCUCAAGCCCUCCCCCUCCGCCGAGGACUCCGCGGACGCGGACGCAGCCUCGUCCUCCUCCUCCCCGCCUCCCAUGGUGGCGCUCGGAGGCGGCGGCGGCGAGGGCAGGAGCGGCGUGCCCAACGCGCUGGUCGUCGCGGCGCUCGACCCCGCCGCGGCGACGCCGGCGCUCUCCCCGGAGCCGGUGUUUAGGCUGGGCACGGAGGACCAGGUGCCGUACCGGAUGACUGUCCACCCCCGCGGCGACGGCGUCCUCUGCGCCUUCCCCAAGGGCUGCAGGUUGUUACGGUGGGAACCACCAGAAGGAGAGGAGCCACACAAAGUAGUUUUGAGAUCGGACCAGGAGGAAGCUUUACUGAAGCUAAACGAUGUUGGCUUACAGUUGGCUGUGUCAUUCAGUGGAGAGGGUUCAAUACUUGCGACAGGUGGUGAGGAUGGGCAUUUAAGGGUCUUCAAAUGGCCUGCCAUGGAUACCGUUAUUGAAGAACCUGAUACUAAAACAUCUGUUAAGGAUCUUAGUUUCAGUUCCGAUGAGAAGUUUUUAGCUGUCAAUAGGAGCAGUGGCCCAUCUAGAGUGUGGGAUUUGAAGACAUCCGAAGCUGUAGCUAAUCUGCCAAGAGAAGCGGGAGAAAAUUUUGGCUUCUGCAGAUUUUCUAAUAAGCCUGACAACAGUCAGAUCCUCUUUGUGACAGCAAUGCAAGGUGAUUAUGGAAAAAUAAUAUCUUGGAAUACUACCUCCUGGACGAGAACUGGAUCGAAAAAGAUUACUCGUGAGGCAAUUUCAGCUUUUGCUGUCUCUCCUGAUGGUACACUUCUUGCAAUUGGAACUGUUGAGGGAAGCGUCAGUGUACUAGGUUCAAAAGACAUGCGAGUGCUUGUAACAGUUAAAAAGGCACAUCUUGGCAUUGUUACUACAUUGGCUUUCUCUCAAGAUUCAAGGACCUUGCUGUCUACUUCCUUCGACUCAACUGCAAGGGUGACAUCAAUUGGAUCCCCAACGAGUAAUGGUAUAAGCCUAUGGUCCAUGAUACUAGCUAUUAUACUCGCAGUUUUGGUAUAUUACUGUAUGCAGCACAAAGAAGAUCUCUUGGCAAUGUUGCCACUAUGAAACGAAAAUGUUCAGCCUCUACUGAUAUCUCACUGCUUUCCUCUGUGAUUAUCUAAUCUCCUACUGGAGAUAAAUGCUCAACGUGUCAGAGCUAGAGCAAUUUUUGUAUUUAGAUAAGGAAACAAAGUAUCAUGUCACGCUAGAAUGAAAAGGGCCAUUUUGUCUGGGUUUUGUAAAAUUGAUGGCCAUAUGUGAGUUAUAUAUCCUUAAGCCUCUCCAGUUUUAUGUUCUAUCCUCCUGCUGCCAGGCCUCGUAGAGGAAGUCCAAUGUAAGAGAUCGGGACCAGGCUAUGAUGUAUAUUUUUAUUCUAAAAAAAAAGGCUGUGAUGUAUAUUUAUUAAGUACAACCGUAUGAAGAAUAAUGAGAGCCUUCUCUAAUACAUUCUGUGGUGACCAA